GUUCCCAUUGGCUCGUCCAGAUGUUUGUGGGAAGUGGGUGGCGGCCAUGAGGAGGAACAACUUUAAACCAACAAAGUACAGCAACAUCUGCUCACAACACUUCACCAAAGACUGCUUUAAGAGGGAGUGCAACAACCGAGUGCUGAAGGAGAACGCAGUGCCGUCGCUCUUCAGCUUCAACCUCAGCAUUAAGCCGGAGUCCAUAGAGGAUCCUUUCUCCUCAGAGAUGCCCUUCUCGCUCUCUCUGCCUUUGACGUCUGACUCGACAGCUGAGGAGGAGCCUGAAGGAGGCACGCCGUGCACCCGCACCGACACCGCCGUGGUCUCCUGUGACCACAACUACACGGCUGAAGACUCGGCGCAGCAGAAGAAACGCAUUGACCAGCUGGAGGAGCAGCUGGAGCAUCUGAGGAAGAAGUUGAAGACGACCCAGCAGAAGUGUCGGCGGCAGGAGAGACAGCUGAGGAGGCUGAAGGCCGCCUGUGAGGGGGCGCGGAGCGGCCGCGAGCCCGCUCCCUCAUUCAGUGAGGGGUACGUGAUUUUACCCAAGCACAUCUACCACACACUCAAAGGCAUCGAGUGAACAGAGGAGCUGAUGCAUGUGCUGCAGUCAGAGUGAGAGGAGGUGAAACAAAGACCAGAGAUGAUCGCUUGGACUUCAGGCUUUGAGACUGAGCUCUGCGCUCUGCUGGGUCGGAUGUGACUGAGCUCCACAUGAACGCACAAGUGUGACAUGGAUGUCGCCUCACCAGAGCAGGAAAAGCAUCAUUCUCUCCCGUGGUGUGAACUGAACUCUGUCAAAGAGCAGAAGUGGACUGAUUCUCUACAUGAACCAGUUUGGGGGUCAGCUGGCUCUGUUUUGUUUUAAAGUUGAUUUCAUUCUGAUUGUUUUCAGAAAAAGGAGCAUUUAGAUGCUUAAUCCAUGACUACAUGAUGCACAAUAAACUCCAAGAGUAGAA